CUCGUGACGAAUGGGGUGGUUUAUUUUAGGGGCUGUUUUUUGCAGUUUUGGUGGGGGGCCUUGAACUAUUCACCCUUGUUGGCCUUGGUUAUUGAGGUUAUGUUAUAAACGGUUGACGUUUUGAAAAUAUGUGAAAAAGUCGUAAUUCGCUAAAAAAAGGGGGUUCAGAAAUGUCCAUAAGCCAAGUGGAAAAUGUCAGCACUCGUGUAAAAAACACAAAAAAAGAGAUCGAACAGCUCAAAACCGAGCUAGAGAAGCUCAUAAGUCUUGGGACCCAGCCCCCUGAGCCCCCCACCCACAAGCCAGCCCCUGAUACCCAAACCGUUAAAAAAAAGGCGCCCCCCGAUCCCGAGAAAAAGCCCCGCAGUUAUGACGUCACCGAGGCGCGUAACUACAUCAAAAAACAGCGGGAAAAACGCGCCGAACAAUUGCGGGCCCAAAUCAACACCACUGACAAUAAACUCGAUCUGAAAAAGCAAAAACUGAAAGAAUUACACCAGAAAACACUCGAGCUGGUGACAAAAAACGUGCAGUUGAAGCGCGAACGCUCGAAAUCGCGGGACAAGGGCGAGCCCCCUGUCCGGAUCGACCGCUCGAAGGCGCGGGAGAAAGGGGGCCCCCUUGUCCGAACCAACCGCCCGAAGUCACAGGACAAGGGGGGCCCCCCGAAAAUCGACCGCUCGAAGUCGCCCGCACAAAAAGUUUCUGAGGGCUCCGAAAAGACGCAAAAAAGCGAGAGAAUUUCGAGGGCCAAGGCCCGGGAGCCCCAGAAAUUGGCGAAAACGUCGUCUGAGGCGAAAGAGACGCAAACGUGCGACAAGGGGGCGCCCUGGCUGGAGCCCCCUUGUGCGGCGUAUCCGUACAAUUUUAUAAACACAGUUAAGAGAAAAUUGCAGUUUGCUGUGAAUUCGCCCCGGAAUUUUAUCGACAUUGGGGUGCAGAAUUCCGGGACUCCGCCCCUGGAAACAAAAUCGAGGGAAGAAAUUAAAGAACUGUUGAUUAAAAGUGCCAAAAGUGAGUUGAGAUCGUUUGUUUCGCACAAAUGUCUCGACUUGAAGCCUGUGGAAAAUUUAGAAUUGAGAGAAGUGUCGAAAAAUUUGUUCAAUAAUUGUGAUAGUGGUAGUGAGUCGGAUACUUCGAAAAAUAUUCCCGACAUUUCGAGUGAAAGUCUAAAGCUCGAUUUCGAUAAAUUGAAAAACUACAAGUUGCAGAAAAGUGACGAUAGUUACAGUUCGGAUUUUCACAAAGAAAGUGUUUCAUUUAAAUCGCUCCUAACUGAAAAAAAAGUAUCGAAAAAUUUCUCUGAUUCGGAUUCGGUUCCCGAAUCUUUGACGAUGAAACAACCAAAUGUUUCGCUUUCGGUUCGUAAUUUGAGUCUUGCCAAUGGGAAAAUGAACACGGUUACGAUUAAAUCAGCUAGUGAAAAAAACUAUUUAUCGGAUUCGAAUUUUUCGCAAGAAAAACAGUCGUUUAAAUCGCUCUUGGUUGGAGGUAAAAAUUCAGAAUCGGUUUCGGAUCAUUUGGAAACGAGUAAAAUUAUCACAACUGAAGAAAACACCAAUAAUUUGGAAACAAGUUCAAAGAAUUCGAGUUCUAAAAUUAUUACCGAGGAAAAUACGAGUAACAACAGGUCUUUGAGUUUGGAGAAGCCACAAAAUGAUGGUAAAAAUCAGCUGAAAAAUAUCACACUUAGGCCAAGUUCUAGUACGAACAAUGUGAACGAAAUCCACCUAAAAUUCGAGGCAGAAGUGCGUCUUUUGAACGAUUUCAACGAAUCCUUCAAGCAGUUCAUGGCCGUGGAAAAAGCCUUCGAAAACAUAAAAAAUAAAAACGAAACAAACAUAGCAGUGCGAAAAAUAUUGCAAAAUGUGGACACCCAAACAUCGUUCAUUGCCAAAACUUCAACAGAAAAAUCACCCAGAAGUAGUGUUAAUACGAUUAAUUUUUCUCGAGGUUCUGAAAUUAUCGAAGAAUUGAACGAUUCGAUUAUGAAUGCGAGUAAAUCGUUGAAGAAUAGUUCGUUUUCUACAACCACCACCGAAUGGAAUUUAAGCAAUUUGAAUGAGUCGAGUGUGUUGUCGAUAGCAGAGGAGGAGCAGUCGAAAUUUUCCAUUUCAAAUAUCGAGAAUUACAAUGCGAAUAAUUGUGCGAGCUUGUUAUCGCUGAAUAUCUUUGACCAACUGAUCAAAGACGAAGACACCCGAAUCCAACAACUAAAAGCCAUCAUUAAAAUUCGAGAGCAAGCCCUUCUUGAUCGCACCAAAGGCGAGCUUGUUUGGCUCGAAAUUCAAAAAAAACAACUGAUCGAAACCGGCAAAAUCGAGGAAGCCUCGCUUUUGAAGAAAAAACAACGCGGAAUUCUCCUCAAACAUGAGCAGGAACGCAACGAGAUCAAGAAACUGAAGCAGAUGCAGAAAGAGGCGUCCGAAAAACGCAAAAACACCCUCAAAAGGCAGAGGAAUUUGAUUAAGACACGACUGUCUACCGAUGAUAUGCUCUCGCAAAUUACGGUGAAAAAACGCAAGGAGAGGCGAACUAUGGGGCCUUUGAGGGUGGUGCAGAGUCGGAGUGAGUCGAUUCACUCGGAAACUUCAAUUUCGGUGAAAAGUGAUGUGUUGAGUGUUACGUCCAAGUCGCUUAAUUUUUCUGCAGAGUCUGAUGUUGAGGUGCCGGUUGCCAAUGCGAAAAGGACACUGUUGAUGCGAGAAGCAGCGUUGCAAAAACGCCGCAAGGCCGCUGAAGAAUUGCUGCGAUGGCAUCGCAAACUUCUAGACGAAGAAAAGAAGAUUGCAGAACUGGAAGCUGCCGCAACUUCCGUCAUCAAACGGCCGCAGAAGAAAUGGAAGAGUUUCGAUGAGAAAAUCCACGCUUGUAAGAGUGCCAGACAGUAUUCAAACAAACACAAAAAACCCGUCGAGACUGAAACCAGUGGCGAAAAGUCGGCCAAAAACUAUUCUUCAGCGUUCGAAAUCGAAUCCGUCCACGAAGAAAAGACAAAAAUAUCUUCAAUAGCCGAACUUAUCGACAAUUUUGCGAAAAUCGGCGACGAAAUUUCCACUUUGAGCAAAAAAUCUAGUCAAACUAUGACACCGAAUUACGCAGCGGAAGAAAAAGACUUUGAAGAAAUCGAAGAUUUGGCCACCACGCCGGAAGAAUCAAUUGAUGAAUCUUCAAAAACAAAAGUCGAGGAAUUGCCAGUAACGGAGGAAAAUAUCGAAGAUUGCACACCACAGACUGAAGAAAUUGAAGAUAACAACGACUCUCGAGUUGCUUUGGCCGAAGAAUCACAUGUUCCAACAGAAGAAAUUGAAGAAUCUUCAAACACUUCGCCUGUUACAGAAGGAAAGUCAGAAGUUGUCACAACGGAAGAAAUUGAAGACAUUAACGCUUCUUCAACGAAAGAUUUGGCCGAAGAAUCACAAGUUGUUACAACAGAAGAAAUAGAAGAAUCGUUAAAGAAGGAAGAAAAACUACAAGCUGUUACCACAGAAUCUCAAUCUUCAAAAGAAAAUUCGGGGAUCGUUACGGAAGCUUCUAUUAACUUACUAACAGAAGAAAUUGAAGAAACAACUCAAUCGGUAGAAAAACCAACUGAAGAAAUUGAAGAAACAACUCAAUCGGAGCAAAAACCAACUGAAGAAACUCCCAAUGUUUCGCAAUCUUCAAUAAAAGAAGAAACUGGCGCUUCUCAAUCUUCCAACGUUGUGGUUACGGAAGAAUCAGGAGAAUCGUCAAAAACCAAGUCUGAAGAAAUUGAAACACCAAAAAGUUCUUCCAAAAAAACUGGUGAAGUAAUUGAAGAUAUUUCCUCCGAUAGUCAAUCGCUUAGUUUGGAGGAAGCGCUAGAGUCGGCUUCAAAAAUUGAAGAAUCGUUGAGUCGUUUAAACAAGAAGCUUGCGAACGAUCAAAAUGAAGAAACAACACCGCAGAAGAAGAAUCAAAGUCAGAUUGAUGUUAAGAAAAGAGUUUCGGAAAUUUUGGCCGAUGUUAGUUUAACUCGUGGUGAUAAAAGUCCGCGGUUGCAAGAUAUUUAUGUGACGGCUUAUGAUGUUGGAGCUUCAAAUUCACAAGAAUUGUCCGAAUCUCUUGACGGUCGCCAACUACCGACUGAUAUUUUUGGAAGCGAAGCUGAAGAAUUAUGGCGUAAGCAAUUAGCCAUUGAACAGGAGAUCAAACAGUUGGAGUUGCAACAAAAAGAACAACUACCGUAUGUUUUUAUGCGCGAAAUCCCCAACAAACCGCCCCCUCCCUACACUCCCCCCUCCUCCCUUUCCUCCUCAUUCCCCCACUCAAUAAUUCCAACCGAAGCGAAAGAAAUCAGCGAAAUUGCGUCAUACAGUUCGAAAGUCCUCCACAAAGCGCACCAAAACAACACCCUCGAAAAAGUGAAAUUUUCCGAAAACGGUUUCAAAUUAUUUUCGAAAAUCGAAGUGUCGAAAAUUUGCGCCGAAUUUCUCUUCAAUAUUUGCAAAGACGUAGCUAGGGAUCAUUACAAACAAUUCGAAAUAGUGAAAGAACCGUCCUGGCUAACACUUGCCAAAAAACCACAGUUGGCUAAGACCAAACCCCCUGAUUCUUUGACUUUGGAAAAAAUUUUAACCAAAAAACUGAAAGAAUUGUUUGGGUUUAAGAAAGUCCAAGUUGCCGAAAGUGCGAUUAUUAAGUGGGGGCGCAAAAAACGGGACCAUGUGGAUGAAGUUUUGGUGUUGGAAUCUCAAGAGGAAGAAUCGCAGUGGACCAACUUUGACAAGGAUGAGUUGAUCGUCAAGAAUCAAGUGACUGUUGAUAUUAUGAAGAUGUUACUCGAGGAAACGGCCGAUGUUUUUGCCAAGAUUUUGGCUAAGAAGUGAUUUUGUACAUUUUUUUUAAGUCUGAAUAAAGUAUUUUUUUCUACAA